AUGUGCAGCGCUGCCUUUCACAGCUCUUUCAGCACUCGGCAAAUUCUCACCAUCAACACUGACCACGAGGUCACACACCUCCCACUGUGUAGAAUCUCUCUCUCUCUCUCCUCUCUCUCUCUCUCUCUCCUCUCCCUCUCCUCCCUCUCCUCUCCUCCUCCCUCUGUCCUCUCCUCUCCUCCUCCCUCUCCUCUCCUCCUGUCCUCUCCUCCUCCUCUACUGUCCUCUCCUCCUCCCUCUCCUCUCCUCCUCCCUCUCCUCUCCUCCUCCUCUACUGUCCUCUCCUCCUCCCUCUCCUCCUCCCUCUCCUCUCCUCCUCCUCCCUCUCCUCUCCUCCUCCCUCUCCUCUCCUCCUCCCUCUCCUCUCCUCCUCCUCUAGUGUACUCUCCUCCUCCCUCUCCUCCUCCCUCUCCUCUCCUCCUCCUCCUACUAUCCUCUCCUCCUCCCUCUCCUCUCCUCCUCCCUCUCCUCUCCUCCUCCCUCUCCUCUCCUCCUCCUCUACUGUCCUCUCCUCCUCCCUCUCCUCCUCCCUCUCCUCUCCUCCUCUACUAUCCUCUCCUCCUCUCUCUCUCUCUCCUCCUCCUCCUCCCUCUCCUCUCCUCCUCCCUCUCCUCUCCUCCUCCUCUCUCUCUCCUCUCCUCCCUGUCCUCUCCUCCUCCCUCUACUAUCCUCUCCUCCUCUCUCUUCUCUCCUCUCCUCCUCCCUGUCCUCUCCUCCUCCCUCUACUAUCCUCUCCUCCUCUCUCUUCUCUCCUCUCCUCCUCCCUGUCCUCUCCUCCUCCCUCUACUAUCCUCUCCUCGUCUCUCUUCUCUCCUCUCCUUCUCCCUCUCCUCUCCUCCUCCCUCUUCUCUCCUCUCCUCCUCCCUGUCCUCUCCUCCUCCCUCUACUAUCCUCUCCUCCUCCCUCUUCUCUCCUCUCCUCCUCCCUGUCCUCUCCUCCUCCCUGUACUAUCCUCUCCUCCUCUCUCUUCUCUCCUCUCCUCCUCCCUCUCCUCUCCUCCUCCCUCUCUUCUCCUCCACCCUCUUCCCUCCUAUCCUCCUUCUAAUGUCCUCUCCUCCUCCCUCUACUGUCCUCUCCUCCUCCUGCUCCUCUACUUUCCUCCUCCCUCUCCUCUCCUCUCCUCCUCCCUCUCCUCUCCUCCUCCCUCUCCUCUCCUCCUCCCUCUCCUCUCCCCUCCCCUACCACUGCUCUGGACCACACUUCACUUUAAAAAAAAAACACACUGUGGAUACUACUUUAACCACACUUUUGAACAGGACUGAAAAGUAA